AUGCUGGGUUCUUCUAGAGUCACAGAAGAUGUUGACGUAGUCGUUCCUCAGGGGCAGACUAAGACAGCACGAGAUCUCAUCAAAGCAUAUGGCGAAGGCAAAUUCAGCGUCGAUCCAAGGACGCUCCACACAUACUACUUGAGCGCUCCACCGGUCGAGAUAGAAAUCCUUACACCUCCGGGCCUUUUCAAGGGGACUUUCAACCAAAAUACAGAGACAAUGGCUAUUACUCACAACAAUACUACGGUGCAGGUCCUGCACCCGGCCAUAAUACUAGACGCCAAAUGUGGUGCCAUUGGCGGACGAGCAACUGAGGUAAAGAAGGAGACAGACGCCCAAGACAUUAUCCACCUACUUGUGUGGUUGAAGUCACAGAAUAUGAGCCUCUUCGCCGACAAUGUUCCCAAUGCUUCUGUGGAAUGGGUUCAAUGGUUUGUCCCCAAUUACGGAUUUGGUAAUUACGACUACUGGAAAAACGUAGGAUGGACCGAAUCUGGUGCGUCUUUUCUAUCUAAGAACUGGUUCUCACGCUGA